CUCACAGAGUCGCUUGGCUCUCCAGCUCCCAUGGCACUUCGCAGCUCGCAACGCCCCUGAAGCAGACGCUCCGUGCCGUGAGAAUGAGGCAGCUGGUCCGGCGGCUCUCCCGCGUCGGCGACUCCUCGUCGCCACCAGAGAAGCGGGGCGUCGGCAAGGCCCCGCGCGCGGGCGGGGCGGUGCCGGAGGGCCACGUACCGGUGCACGUCGGGGAGGGGAGGGAUGACGAGGCAGAGCGGUUCCUCGUGCGGGCCGAGCUGCUGAGCCGCCCGGCGCUGGCUGACCUCCUGGGCCGCGCCGCCCAGGAGUACGGGUACGACCACCAGGGACCGCUCCGGAUCCCCUGCUCCCCGGACACCUUCCGUCGCGCGAUCGCGACCCUCCACGCGGCGCCGGCGAUGAUGACGGCUAGACAAAAAUGACGGCAAGGCGUCGGUUUCCCUGGACUCGGCCCGAACCCAGCCCAGGCACGGCUCGGUUCAGUUCUUGGACAGGCCCUUCUGUUCAUACCACCUGGAAGUACAGUAGCUUGCAUAGGGAGUUUCGAGCUGGGCUUUUCCUUUCUUCCUUUUCUCUCCUGUCAUAGUGUGGCUGAAAAUCAAAUUUCACUACAAUGGGAAGUGUAAUAGCACCAUCGGGGAAGUUAUGCGAUUUCUGAUGCACUGUUAAGCAGUAGGGCAGCGGCUCGA